AUGUCAUAAAGUUUUGAGAUGGAUGAGAAGGCUAAGUUGUUGGUAAAAUUACUUGAUGGGGUCAAAAUCGAACUAUAAAAAAUUAAUCAAAACACUCGAGUUGGUAAAGCAAAAAUAUUGACCUACAAUAAAGGAUAUAUAUAAUAUAUGAAUAAAGAUGAAUUUAUGGCUAUAUAAAAAGCACAGGCGACAUCAAGAUUAACUAAGGAAGAAUAUAUUUAUAAUCAAGGCUAUUUUGUAUAUAAAGCUGGGGUGAAUAUUAAUGCAAUCAAAAAUGGAGAAAAUCAAAUUGAGUUUGGGUGGAAAAAUAAUUAGGAGACUGUAUACUAUUUUAUUUUCAGAUUCAAACUAAAACAAAAAAUAAUAUAUAAUCCAUCUCCAGAGGUAUAAAACAAACAAAAAAAGAAAAGAGAAAAAAGUUCUAUAAAAGAUGUUACAUGGUACUUUGAGGUGGAACUAUAGAGUGAAAUAGCAAAACUCUAGAAGAGAUUUUAAGAAAUUGAAGAUUAUAAUGAGAGAUUAAAAAAACUUAAGGUCUGUGAUAGCUUUGCUUAUCAGUUUGAUUAAAUGGAGAUCAAGAUCUAUGAUUCAAAAACAUUAUCAGAUAAUUUAAUAGCUUUCAAAAUAGAUAUUGAGUUUUUGGGAUAUAUUUCUAAUAAAUUAGAGAAUAAUACUAAUAGGAAUAUAGUGACUGCAGAGAUAGCAGCUCGUUCCUUAUUUCUUUAUAUUAGUAAUUUAAACGAAUAUAAGUCGAAUAAAAUGAGAAUGAUAGAAGAAAUGCUAUAAGCUCUUUAUAAAGAUAAAUAGAGAAAUUUUAAUUAAGAAGUUAUUUAAUUUGCAAAAAGCAGGUUUGAAUCUAAUUUAGAAGCUUAAAAUUUUGUGAUAUCUGAUGUUUUAUUUCUGAAUGCUUUGAUGUAUAAUUUUGAAUUUACUAUUAAUCUUGAUGUUAAGAACUUACUCGAUUAUCAGAGUUUUUUUUCAUCCCUAUAAUUCAAUACUCUUGAAAAUAAAGAAAAUGAUAUAAUCAAAUUUUCUACUAAUGAGGUGCCUAAUGAGAUGCAAUAAAUGAAUUAUAAAAAUUUCAAAAUAUUUUCACAAAAAUAACAGAAUUUUAGUGAUAUUUCCAAAUAUUGUAUUGGGUUAUUUGGAAUGGAAAAUUAAUUUUUAGGGAAAAUCUAUUUAAAAUUAUAUAAAAAGGGAAAUGAGAAAAAAAAUUUAGAUUAUGCAAUAUCCUUUUUAGAAAGAAACUUAAAGAAUUCACAUUCCUUACUAAAAGAUGCAUACGCUUUAUCUAAGAAACAGGAAUCAAUACAAAAAAGUAUUCAUUAAUCCAGUUAACAAAUGAAUAUCAAGAAUUCUUAACACAUAGUAAGUCCUCCAUAACAAAUAAAUGACUAAUAAAGUACUACAAAAUCGGAUGCAUAAAAUUCGUUUAAGGAAACCAAAAAAACAAUUAAAAUUAUUGAAUGUAAUCCUCAAAAUGACAACUAACACGACCAUACUAUAAAAAGUAAUAGUAAUCAAUAAUAAAUUUCAAUUGAAUAAAUAUAAAUUAUUAAUGUAUCAAAUCCUGCUGUAAAAUAACUAUAAUAAGAAGGAUAAUAUAUUAAAUUUGAUGAAUCUGAUAAAUCAAACUCAACGGCAGUUUCAGAAUCUUAUUAAAAAGCUGAUAAAUUGUCAUACUAAAUUGCUGAAGAAAAUUAUGAAAAGGGACAAUAUAUAUCUGCUUUAUCCGCGAUUGAUGCUAUUUCAAAUAAAACAAAAAUGGUUUUGAGAUUAGGAUUUUAAAUCGAAAAAAAAUUAAGUGAUUCUUAGAAUUAAUACUAUUCUGAUAGGCUCUUAAAAAAUUACCUCAUCUAUGGUUGUGGUGUUUAAGAUUUUCAAGAUAUAUAAGAAAUAUUGUAAUUACAAUUCAAAUAAUAUAUUUAUGAUGAAAAGAUUUCUUUUCAAAGUGAAAGUUGGAAGUUUAUAAUAACCUAGUUAAAAAGUCGUAAGUUUUCAAAGGAAAAAGUUUAAAUUGUGGAUUCAAUAGUAGCGGAGAUAAGAUAUUACAAAUAUGAUAACAUCAGAACUUAUUUCAAAAGUUUAAUUGAAAAAUUAAAAGAUUUUCCACAAGAUUAAAUGGUCAAUUACUACGAUUAAUUUUAGCUCAUUUCUAAAAUUUACUAAUCUUCCUAAACGCAUUGA